AUGGAUGGCUCCCGGGGCGCCGAGUGCGACAGAGCAUCCGAGACCUCGUCCUUCAUAGGAGAUGAAGAAGAAGAAGAAGAGGAGGAGGAGGAGGAAGAUGAAGAGGAGGAUGAGGAGGCUGUGGACCCAGAGGAAGCAGAGGAGCUGACUAAUAGUUUUAAAGAUCUUAUCCAAAGUGAAGACGUGAAACCCAAGCUGCAGUACAUCAUGACUAACCCUUCCUUUUCUAUGGUAACAUGCCAAAGUGAAGACAGUGGGAUAACCUGGGAAACCAACUCGAGCAGAUCUUCUACUCCCUGGACCUCAGAAACUAGUACAGCUUCUGAUCUUUAUAGUAUGGAAAGCUCACCAGUAGGCUCUCCUCCAGGAAAAGUUAUCUUUAUUAUGGAUGAAGGCAAGAUCGUUCGGAAAAGGACACGCAAAUCUUCAAAUAGGGUGCCAGUGGCUACAAGAUUGAAGGGAGGCCAGUGCAAUAAAAAACGUGACUCUUCUGGAAUGCAGAGGCAAGAACCAAGAACUGUUCUAGGAGACGUACAAGCCUCCAUGUUGAAUGUAGAGCGGGUGGAAGCACAAGACACAGAUGAGGAAAUGCUGGACAACAAAGAAGCCCUAGAGAAUAUCGCAGAAGAACCUGUAAAACGUGCUCCGAUAAGAUCAAUAUUUAGGGAGAGCAGGCUGAGAAAAGUCGGUCCAAUUCUUGGAGGACCAGUACAAGCUAGAAUCCAGCUGUUCAACUCAAUUUUUGGAGGGACUGGGCCAGCUCCUGAAACACUGGAGAAAAACAGAAUCCGGAGAAGUAGUUCAGCUUCAGGAGAUUCUGAAAAGUUCCUUGAAACAUCAGUAAAAGAAAGAUUGCAGAAGUUUGGUUCACUCUCAGAAGCAACACAUCCGAAACAUUUUCUGGGAGCAAGAAGUAAAAUUCUUGAAACACCUUCAGAGAGAAGAAGGAAGCAAAGACAACAACUCACAGAACAAGUAAAUCAAAGCUUUUCUUCACCAAUACCACCUCUUGAAAGACAGCUUACUAAGAAAAAUUAUGUUUCCUCUGAAAAUAUUGAACCUUAUAAAACAAAAGAAUCAACCCUUGAACAUGAAGAAAGAAAAGAGAGACAGCCUCUUUUGGAGACUCCAAAUCAGGUUUCAGGACAUUCACUGAAGAAUGAAGAGGAAACCAGGAAGCAGCAAAGUCGUUCAGCAACAGCCAGAACAUCAAUAACAGAGUCAACAACCUCCACAUCACUCAAGUCUGACGAGAAAUUAGUGCUGCUUCCCUCAGCCGAAAAUGCAAACAAGAAGCCAGACCAAUCCCUGCUGACAGCAUCAGACAAUCUGGAUGAAAUGAAGAAGCAAGAAGUUCAGCCCAAUUCUGCACCACAGUCUGUUUCAGCAGAUUUUGUUAGUGAAUUAGACAGACCAAGUUCCCAGCAUAUUUUGCCUAUGGAAUCUAUGUCAAAACAUCCUGAGAGGGACACAGAGAAAUCUUACUUUCCUGAUGUUCCCUCAGCUAAAUCCAAAUAUUCCACUUCAACUGAAAUAAUUCAGGAAGAUAUUAUUUCUCAGUCAUCAGAAACUGCACAGUCUGAGUCUGAACACAUGCUUUUACCAUAUUCUGGAAAUGAAACAGAGGAGCAAGAAACUGAGUAUCCAUCAUCAACAGCUGCACUGUCAGAGUCAGCGACUUCAGAUCUAAUGUAUUCAGCUGAAAGAGAAGAGGGUCAAAAGAACCCAUCCUCAGAAACUCAAAAUAUUCAUUUGGAGAACCAAAUGAAGUCUGAACAAGGCUUUUCACUUCAGGAAACAGAGAAGCAAGGAAUUAAGUUAAAACCACCAAUUCCUGAAAAUAUAGAUUCCAAGUAUUUUGGCAUUUCAUAUCCUGUUCAGACAGGAACAGAAGAAACACAGAAAACUUCAGCUAUAAAUAAAGCAGUAGAUUUUGAUCAUUCUGAUUUUUCCAUUGAAGAAAACAAACAAGCAGAAGGUGGGCAAAUGGAGAUGAAACAUCCAGAUCUCUCAUAUUUCACCGAAGAAACUGGAGAGUCAGAGACAACGCAGAUGGAGACAGAGCAUCUAGACUCAUCUACUUCCAAGGAAGAAAUAGAGGAAUUGAAGGGUGUACAGAUGGAGAUGGAACAUCCAGACUUCUCAUUUUCCAGGGAAGAAAUAGAGGAACCAGGAAGUGCACAGCUAGAGACAGAACUUCCAGAUUUCUCAUAUUCCAAGGAAGAAAUGGAGGGAUCAAAAAGUGAAAUACCAGAUACAGACUAUCCAGAGCUGCUUUUUUCCACAAAAGAAACUGAGAAAUCAGGGAGAUCACAGGUGGAGACAGAACAACCAGAAUUUUCUUCCAAGGAAGAAACAAAAGAACCAGAGAGUGCACAGCUGGAAAUGGAGCAUCCAGACUUCUCUUUUUCCAGGAAAGAAAUGGAAGAAUCAGACAGUGCACAGCUGGAGGCAGAGCACUCAAAUCUAUCAUAUUCCAGAGGAGAAAUGGUGGAACCAGAGAGUGCACAGCUGGAGAUCAGUCAUCCAAACUCUUCUUUAACCAAGGAAGUAGUUAAGGAAAUGCAAAGUGCACAGGUGGAAAAGGAGCAUCAGGUUUUGUUUUCCAGGGAAGAAACAGAAAACCAAGCAUUCAGUCUUUUUGAACUGGAACAGUCUUAUUCCUCUGAAAAAGAAAAACAAGAAGAAGAGCUUGCACUGGUACAUUCAGAGAAAGAAAAUACUACAGAACUCCAGUUGAUACAUCCAGAUAUAUUUGAUUCCACUGGAAGGGCUGAGAUACAACAAACUGGGUAUCUGGAAACAGCAUUUUCAGAUUUACCAUAUCCUAUAAAUAAAACAAAGGAUGAAGAACUGUCACAAAGUGACAAAGGAGAACAGCAGAAUUCACAAUCUGGAGGUAAGAUGGAUUCCUCUGCCAUGGCAAUGCAAGGAGAAAUUACUCAACUGGAGUCAGAGCAUCCAGUUUGGCCACAUUCUACCAGAAAAGAACAAGAACAUAAAACUUCACAGCUGAAAGCAAAACAGCCAGAGACAACAGUUUCCCCUUGCAAAACAGAACAUGAAAAAUUGCAACCAAAGCUGGAACAAACUGAUUCACUGUAUUCCCAGGGAAAAACAGUACAAGAAACUAUACAGAGAAACUUAGAAGGUCCAGAGCCAUCAUGUUUCAUUAGUGAAGCAGAGCAACAUGAAAAUGUACAAGUGGUUUCAGAAAAGAGGGAUUUCUCAUUUGUCACUGGAGAAGUGUUGCAAAAAGGGAUGGAGUCAGGAACUUCGGGGUCACAACUGACUGACAGAGCAAAGCCAUGGGAAAUUACACAAAGGGAGCAGGAGCAAUCUUUUCCUUCCUGUUCCACUGCUGCUAGUCAGCAACAGGAAACAUCACCACUGAAAGUGCCCCAGCCAGAUGUUUCAUGGUCCUUCGGUGGAAUGGAACAAAAUACAAUACAAAGAGAGGUGAAACAGCAGGAAACAGACCAACAAGAAGCUGUGCAAAUGGAAACAGAGUAUUCAGUUACUUCAGAAAGCCUGGGUGAAGAGGAAGGCACAAACCAAAUUAAUUUGGUGCAGCAAGAAAUAGCUCAAGCAGCGUUAGUGGAUCCAUCUUUGCCAUAUUCGUUCAGUCGACAAAUGCAAGAUGAAAUGCAAACAGAGCCAGCAUAUCCAGAAAAAACAUUUUAUGUAAGUACAGAACCAGAGAAGGAAAUUAUACAGCACAAAUCACAGCAACAAGAAAUAGUACAUCCAGAGCUGGAACAAAUAUUUGUAUCUUCUUCCAGUGAAAAAGAAGCUCCACUGGAAAUGGAAAUAACUUCAGAAUAUCCAGAUUUGUCAUAUUCCUCUCAGGAGCAAGAAAAAAUAUUGAAAAACCCAACCUUACCAUUCCAUUUGAUGCAACAAGAAACUGAACCAGUAAUGGUGGAACAUGCAGAUAUCUCAUGUGACAGUGGUGAAUCAAAACAAGGUGACAUUGUGGAGCAGGAAUCAGGACAUCCAGAGUGCUUGUACUCCAUGGGAGAAACUCAGCAGAAAUCAGAACACUUGGAUUCACAAGGAAGCCUGGGUGAAGCAGCACAAGAUGAAAAUAUGGAAGUAGAAUCUCAAUACCGAAAUCAGUCAUGCUCACAACCGGAUUCAAAAUUAUCAGAUUCGUCAUUCUCCUUUGGUAAAGGCAAAGAACAAUCAACUCAAAAGUUUGAGUCUAAACAUCAAGAAUUGCCUCAAGUAGCUAGAAAAAGAGCUUCUCCAACAACUGCACAAAUAAAGUCAAAACAUCCAGACAUUGCACUGUGGGAAAUGAAGCAUCCUGAUUUGUCACAUUCCGCUGGUGAGACAAGCCAGGAAGAUGUAACACUGUUGGAUCAAAAACACAGAAAGCUUUCUCUUGGCAGAGAAAAGCAGCAGAAAGCCACAAAGCAGGAGUUAGAGCGAGAAAAGUUAACACAUUCUCCUGAUAAAAGGGACACUUUAGAACAUGCCCAGGAGGGCUUGGAACAACCAAAUAUAUCAUUUUCCAUUGAUAGGCCAGAUGAUGAAAUGACACCACCAGAGGCAGAAUAUACUGAUGUGGUAUCUCCUCUGGACAGCACAGAGGUACAACAGAGAGUACAAGAAACAGAGCAAACUUAUCCCUUUGGACAAAUGGAUCAGAAAACAGUUCAGCCAGAAGUGGAAAUUUCACAUAUGUCAUGUUCUGUGGAUGCACCAGAGAAAACAGAAAUGGCAGAACCAGACCAGGGGCAUUCUGAUUUGCCUUACUCUGUUUUCAAAGUAGGAGGGCUGCAAACAUCACGGCUGAAACCUGAACACCCUGGUCUAGCACAUUCCCUCAACAAAGUGCAGGAAACCAUCCAGAUGGGAUUGGAAGACCCAGGUGCAUUGUUUGGUCAUGACAAAAUAGAGAAACUCCCACCUGCACAGCUGGAGCCAGGCCAUGCACUCUUGGCACCCCUGGCCAGGGAAGUGGGGCAACGAGGGAUGGAGCACACAGCUGUGGAAUGCUCUGAAGAGGAACAGUCUAUCAGCAGAGCAGAGCAUCCACAAGCUUUAAAGGAGAAACACAGUGCUCCAGAUGAACCAUCCCAGAGUGGAAAAAUGGAGCAAAGAGAAAUGUUAAAAGCAGAGCCAAAGCAUCCUGAUUUACUGUAUUCCAUUGAUAAAGCAAAGCCACAAGGAACUACACAACCAGUGUUAGAAAAACCAGAUCUGUCUUCUUGGCCCGGGACAACACAGCAAGGACAAACAGCUAGAGAGGAGAAGCCAGCCUUCUUGCAUUCUUUUAAAAAAGAGGCACAAGGCAAGAAAACACAGACAGAAUCAGGACAUUUAGAAUUAUGUCAUUCUCUCAGUGAGGCAGAACAAGAAACCUUAAAUGCAAAAUCACACCAUUCAGAUUUAUCUGCUGGCAGAUUAGAGCACUAUGAAAUCAUACAGCCAGAGGCAGAAAUAAUGGAUUUAUCAUGUUCAGUUGGUGAAAUACAGCAAACUCAAAUUGCUGAUGAGGAUUUGGAAUGCCUGGAUUUAUUUCAUUCCACUGGCACAGCACAGCAAGAAAAGAUUCAACCAGAGCAAGAAAAGAUAGAUGAAUUUCCAUCAUCUCUCAGCAAAGCAGAGGAGUGGAAAGAUGCAGGAAUGCAGGCAGAACACCCUGAGCUGCAGUGCUCUAUGGAGAAAGCAGAAGGACUGCAAAAUUCCCAAGCAAACUCAGAAUAUGCAGAUUUGUCAUUCUCUGUUGGCACAGAAGAACCUCAUAAAACAGCACAGUCAGAGUUUAAAGAACCGAGUUUUUUGCAUUCAUUUGUCAAAACAAAGCCAUCAUGGGCUGCUCUAUCAGAGCCUGAACAUGCAAAUGUCAUGGACAAAGUACUGCACACAGAUUUGUCCUCUUCUGCUAGUGAAGAAAAACGAAGUACACAGCUGGAGGUGAAACAGGGGAGGGGAAGCUAUACAUUACACCCAGAAGAAGUAGUACAACUAAAAUUGGAACAACCAAUAUUUUCAAGUCCUUAUGGCAUGGAAGAGCAGCCAAUUACAUCCCCAGUGGAAGGGGGAUUCCCAGACUUCUAUUCCUCUGGCAAAACAAAACAACAGGACACUGCACAAACAGGGUUCACACCUUCUGGUGUUUUGAAUUCCAAAGAAAAAUCAGAGCAGUUGGAACCAGAACAACUGCAUUCAAAACAUCCAGAUUUGCCGUACUCUUUUGGCAAAGCAAAGAUUCAUGUAAUAAAGCCACUUGAUUCAUCAUAUUCCUAUGGCAAGGCAGAGCAACCACAGACUGACCAGCUGGAGAAUCCAGAGAUACCAUAUUUUACUGGUGAAACAAACUGGAGGGAUGGGGUCCAACCAGAACAGCCACAUGUUAGUUUGCAGUCCUCUGAUGUUGAAACAGAGCAGCCAGAAACACCUUCUAUAGCACAUACCUUCGUCAGGACCGAGGAGCAGGGGACUGCACAACCAGACUUCAAACAAUCAGAUUUAUUAAGUCCUACUGACAAAGGAGAAAAGCAUGAAAUGGCCCCACUGAGAGUAGGACAUUCACAGAAGCAACACACUGGUGCUCCUUCAUCUCAAAGUGCUCAGCUGGAAACUGAACAACAAAAUUUAUCAUUUUCCACUGAGGAAGCAGACAGCCACAAAAUUCAACCGUAUUCAUCUCUUGCUAAACAGACAGUGGCUGUACCUUUGGGUGAUCCACACACUGUCUCUGAAACAAGCCCUGAAAGAAGUCCAAAGUCUUCAGCUGUAACUGCAGGCUCAGGCCCCCAACAUGUAGAUACAUCUUACUCCCGCUAUAAAACAGAACACUCAGAAACUGCCCUGCCUGAGCCAGGGUCCUUUUUUGCAAGAAAAGAAGCAGAGAAUAGAGAAAUUUUUCUACGUUUGCCAGUAGCUGCAAAGUCAGAGGCUGAAUGUGAAAUUUUACCUGAAGCUAAGAUAGAACAGACUCCACAUUACUUUCACACAGCUACACAGUUAGAAUCUGAACAACUAAAUAUACCAUAUUCUACAGAUAAAAUAGAAACUCUAGAAAGUCGGGAUUACUUGAGUGUACCUUCAAACCUGCAGUCUGAACCUUCAGUUCCAUUUUAUUCAGCUGAUGAAACAUGUCAGCAAGAAGUUCCACCUUAUUCAAAACCAGUCUCUGAAUAUUUGGUUCCCACAUGGUCCCUUGCCAAACAAGAAGAUGAAAGUAUGCAGCCACUUAUUACCCAGCCCAAACAAUCAGAGUGUGAACAUGUAAUUCCGCCACACAAUGAAAAAGAGUUGCAAAAAAUUCAACUCAGUUCACUUGAAACAGCAAGCAUAAAGACAGUGCACUUGGACAGUAUGUCUCGAGUACAAGACCAAGACAAGCCGAAAUCUUAUGUGUUGGACACAACGUAUUUGUCUCCAGACCAGCUAAGAAGUCACCCCAAAUUCAUUACUGAACAAUAUGAGCAAGAAAUACAACCUGAUGUACAGACAGUGCCAAGGUCAGUGACCACAGGGUCAAAGGUGACUGGUGUAGCAGACCAGCAAGCAGUGUCAUCAGAAUCAUUUAUACCUUUUCAUAAAUUACCUGGAAAUUCAGAACUUGAAAAGUCAGUAUCAGUGGCUCUCACUGAUGAUGAAGAGAAGCAAAAUAUUCCAUCAUCUUUAUCUGAUGUAGCAGACAUGCUUGGAAAGCAAUCUAACAAAGUUUCAGGCAUUUAUACUGAAGGAGAGCAUAGAUUUGAAAUGCAGCAAUAUUUUGAAGACCAAAAGCAUAAAACCUUGGAGCAUCUGGAAGUUGUUUCAUCAGACCUUGUUCAUGAAACUGUGACACACAAAACUCAGCAUUAUUCUGGUGAAUGGGGCAGCCUUUCUUCAGCAGAGAUUAGCUCAAGUUAUGAAGAAAAGCAAAACCUAGAUAUUCCAUCUUUUGGGCUGGCUAGCUGGCUGGUAGAAGAGGUGAAAGCUCGCUCAGUUAGUCCACUGGGGGCUGCAGAUGUAGACGCACAAGGCAUUCAGCUUAGUCCAAAUGAAGCUUCUGAUUUUGGAUCAAAACAAUUCCCAGCUGCAAGUUGCACAGAAUUUACAGUUCAUGGGACUACAGGGACUAAAUCAGUGUCAAAUAAAUCCCCUCCAGGACUUCCUGAGGACAGGAAGUCCUCAGACACUAGUCCCAGAACACAAAGGUAUGAUUUACCAUCUCUGGUAGGAGAUAACCAAGGCCCAGAUAAAUUUCUGGAGCAAGAAACUAGUACUUUAAACCCUACAAAAAUUGAAUCAGUGCAACAUCUGGAGGCAGGCAAAAUGCCUGAAGUGCCUGAACAUUACCUGAGAGGAGAAGAGGAAGAAAUGGAACAUGGAAGUGUUGUAGAAGACAGUCAGGGUGCUCUGGAGACUACUGAACAAAAAGAUCUAUUUAAUAUAAUUUCCGAAGGUUAUGAAAUACUCAAUAUUCAUGCACCUACACAUAUUUCUUCUGUUGAUCAAGAAGAAAGUAAACACAUGCCUGAUAAAUUAGAAUACUUAGAAACAAAUCCUUCAUUUAGAAGAAAAUUAGUUGAGGAUGGCCAGAGAUCCCUAACUUCUCGAAGAACCACAGAAAUUUCAGACACCUCAGUACUGGAAGCUGCAAACCGUGAACUAAUAGAAUUGGUCAAAAAGGAAGAUGCUGAGGAAACUGAAGAAACUCAACAAGAAAACCUCCUGUUGCCAGAAAAUAAUAAUUAUGUAAAGUUGGAUCCUAAUAAUGGUACUGCUGAUAUGGAUUAUUUUGAAAAAUACACAUUGAUUGAUGACAAAUCCUCAAUUAAACCACAAUUUGAAAGACGAAUUUCAUUGUCUCCUGUGACAGAAGACCCCAAUGAAUCUGUGGAAGAGGCCAAAGCUUUUAAAGAAAGUACUGAGGUAGAUACUUUGGAAGAGUUUUCCUUACUUGAGGACCUGGAUGAAGUCUUUUAUGGUACCAUAAAAGGAGAAAUCAAAAUGCAGUCCUAUGCAGAUGCUUCAAAACCUUUGCCACUGCAGAAAUCAAUUGAUUCUAGCAGUAAAAGCAUUACAAAUGUAGAAGAUGAGUGGAAGUCACCGGGGACCCCACUCUUUGACUCAGAAGAAGGAGUGCUAGAACGAUCUCUCUUGUUCCCUACCACUGUUGCUGCAGUUAACCCGGAGCUUUUAGAGGAGCCACCUGCUCUGUCAUUUUUAUACAAGGACCUCUAUGCAGAAGCAGUAGGAGAAAAGACAAAGGAUGAAACUCCUUCUGAUGAAGAAAGUGGUAAUUCUAAUGCUUCUUUCCCUAGUAGAAAUUCAGAUACAGAUGAUGGAACUGGAAUGUAUUUUGAAAAAUACAUUCUUAAAGAUGAAAUUCCAAGUAAGCCCACAGGGCCUCAAAAAGACCAGAUACCAGAAGAUGAGUCCUUUAGUGGAGGAAUUUUGGUUUGCAGUUCAGAGAAUGAUCAGAAGCAGGAAUCUGGUGAUGUUCAACAUGUCAAAACUGAGGUUCUGUCAGAAAGAGGUGUUAGGGAGAGAGACAAAUUCCAGGUUGACAGCAACAUUCAAGCAACAGUUUGCAAGCCAAUGCAUGCCAUUCCUUUUGGAAGCAAAACAGUUCUUUCAGGUGCACCAACUGAUAUCACUGAACAAAGAGAAGAAGAAAACAUACCAGUGGAAAGAGCCGAAGAGUUGCCAGAGCAGUCAAGUCAACAAGCAUACAGUCACCAAAUAGAUUAUCAGGGAGCUGCAUAUCAAGAAGCUAGUACUAAGCAGGAAGAACAAAAUAUAACAGCAGUUCCUCAAAUGGAAAAGUAUGUUCCAUAUGUCAGGGCUCCCACUGAAGACAGUGAAGAUGAUCAGUUUACUCAGGAACAUCUGUCCUGUGUUCCUAUCAUUCAGGAAACAGACAAUCCAGACUUGCAAAGAGAGGAGCAGCACCAUGAUGUUUAUGAAGAUUUUGCUGAGUCAAUGGACUAUGAUGUGAUUACACAAGAAGAGCUUCUGCAAGAUGAAAUAUCAUCUCAAUUUACACAUGAGGAACUAUUAUUUGAAGACAGGGACUCCUUUGAUCAUGCUGCUGAUAGUUAUGAAUUUGUUAAUGAGCCAGAACAAAGAACUCCUGUUGAGCUUGAAGAUUCAGGCUUUGUGGUGAUGUAUCCUGAAAAAUCAGCAACAACCAUUCCUCAAGUUGAGAGCCCACAAAAAGAACUGAAGAAAGCGCAAGUAGACACUUAUUGUUUCCACUGCAAACGCCCAAUAUCUGCUAUUGACAAGCUUUUUGGAGAGCAUAAAGACCAUGAAGUCACAACACUAGAUGAUGCUGCAACCAAGAUGAAGGAUCAGUUAAGCAAAUUGCUGACAGCACUGGAAGAAAAGUCAAUGAAGAUUGAAGAGUUUGUGAGUGAUAUUGAAUUGCGAUUUAACUCAGUUGAGGAAAACUGUAAGAAAAAUGCAGACUUACUGGAAAAGCAGAAUGAAAAGAUGCUUAAGAAAGUGGUAGAACAAUAUGAUGAGAAAUCAGAGAACUUUGAGGAAGUGAAGAAGAUGAAAAUGGAGUACCUGUAUGAGCAAAUGGUAAAUUUCCAGCAAACUGUUGAUUCAGCAAAGGAAACUUUGGAGACAACAGUAAAAGAAACAGAUGAAGUGGAUGGAUUUGUUUUCCUAAAUUCAUCUAAAGAAUUGAAUAAAAGGUUACUUUCUGCAAUGGAUACCACUCUGUCUUUAGAGAAGGUGCCCAGUGCUUUUUCACUGUUUGAGCACUAUGCAGACAGUCCAGGACAAAGCAAUCAACACUGCUUACAACAUGUGGCUGUCCCACAGACACCGACUGUCAUACCUCAGGAGCCAAACUCAGCCACCAGCACCUCCAUUGCUGUCUACUGGGCUGUGAAUGUCGGGGAUACCAUCGACUGCUUCCAGGUCUACUGUAUGGAGGAGCUGCAAGCCAGCAAAGAUGCAGGGGCCUUAGUGGAAGAGUACAGAGUGACAGUGAAAGAGAGCCACUGCAUUCUGGAGGACCUGGAGCCAGAUCGCUGCUACAGUGUGUGGGUCAUGGCUGUGAAUGGCACAGGCUGCAGUUUACCCAGUGAAAAAGCCAUUUUUAAAACAGCACCCGCUGUGCCCACCAUCAAGGCCGAGGACUGCACCGUGUGUUGGGACACAGCCACUGUCCGCUGGCGCGCCGCACCCGCGUCCGCCGAGUCCUUCAUCGUGGAGUUCUGCCGGCAGCACUCUCCCGAAGGGGAAGGUCUCAGAUCUUUUGCUGGUAUAAAGAAACCUGAAUUGAAAGUAUCCCUGGAGCCGAAUGUGAACUAUUUCUUCUACUUGAGGGCUGUCAACCCAUUUGGGACAAGUGAACAAAGUGAAGCAGCUCUCAUCUCAACUAAAGGAACUCGAUUUCGCCUGCUGAGUGACACAGCACAUCCUGCAUUGCAAAUCUCUUCUAAUGCAACAGUGAUCCACCUUCCUGAAAAAACCAAACUCACUGGAUUUCCUUCAGUCCUGGGUGAACUGCUGCCUGCUCAAGGAUGUCAUUAUUGGGAAAUUGUUGUCUCUGCCUGCAGAAGCUACAGGAUUGGGAUUUGCUAUGAGGCAGUAACACAGAGCAAUGUCCUGGGGUUGAGUGAUACCUCGUGGUGCAUGAGGUGCUGUCCUACAAAAAACAGAUUUCUUCACACUGGUGUGAUGAGUGAUGUCCAUGUGACGGAGCCCCUGGCCAGGAUUGGCAUCCUGUUGGAUUACAGUAGUGGCAGGCUAUUGUUCUUCAAUGCAGAGAGAGGACUGGUGCUGUUUGCCAUCAGGCACAAAUUCACUGAUGCUGCUUACCCAGCCUUUGCCCUGGAGAAGGCAGGAGUGCUUACCCUGUGCACAGGAAUGGAGGUGCCGGAGUUCGUGAAGCAGAGCUAAUCUGCUUCACAGUUUCCAGAAAACUGGCAAAUGCAGCAUCAGGGGAUAGAGAGAGGAAGAGGUAUGCCAGGAAGGAAUAGCUAGUCUUCACUGAUGAAUGCUAUGUGCACAUCUCUCCUUCACAUCAUCAGCAAUUGUAGUUACUGCUCAGAUACAUAAUCACCCUGAGCCUGGAAGAAAAUCAACUCCUUCAGAUGGAGCAUGCACCUAGUAAUACACAGAGCAGUACUUCUAAGGGGAUAAAGAAGUUUUCUUAGAUAUGAUAGUGCUAGCUGUCUUUUUAAGUUAAUGAUUAACCCAUGUAUGAAAUAAAUGCAUUUCUCACUGCAGUACAUGAAAGUCAUUGUUUUAUCAUUUGUCAAGACAGUCAGAGCCUGAAUCCAAGAUGAUGUUCUUGGAAAAUGUAUAACAAUUUCAGCAACAAAAACUUGCUGCAAAUUGGUAUAUAUCCUGUGUCAUUGUUUGCCAAUGGACAAAUUAAGAAAAGUUGGUCAUGUAGAGAUCCUCAUGUUUGCAAAAUGAGGGAGUCCCAAGCUCAUUCUUCAUAUCAACCAUGUAGAGUCUGAGUAUGCCACACCUACCUACCCUGCUCACAACAGACUAACAGCUACCUGACUGUGU